AUGGCGCUGGCAGUCUUGCGAGUCCUGGAGCCCUUCCCGACCGAGACACCCCCGUUGACGGUGCUGCUGCCGCCCGGGGGCCCGUGGCCUGCAGCAGGGCUGGGCCUAGUACUGGCGCUGAGGCCUGCAGGGGAGAGCCCGGCGGGUCCGGCGCUGUUGGUGGCCGCCCUGGAGGGACCCGGCGCGGGCACCGAGGAGCAAGGCCCGGGGCCCCCGCAGCUGCUGGUUAGCCGCGCGCUGCUGCAGCUCCUGGCUCUGGGCUCCGGGGCGUGGGUGCGGGCGCGGCAGGUGCGGCGGCCCCCGUCGCUGGGCUGGGCGCUGCUUGGCACUUCAUCUGGGCCCGGACUCGGACCGAGAGUCGGGCCGUUGCUAGUGAGGCGCGGAGAGACCCUGCCCGUGCCCGGACCGCGGGUGCUGGAGACGCGGCCGGCGUUGCAAGGGUUGCUGGGUCCAGGGACGCGGCUAGCUGUGACUGAGCUCCGUGGGCGGGCCAAAUUGGGUCCAGAGGCAGAGAACAGCAGCCGGCUCCCUCUCCCGCCGGUGGUAUCUUCCUUCGCGGCCUCUGGCACAGUCCGGCGACUACGGGGCGUUCUGGGAGGGACUGGAGAUGCACUGGGGGUGAGCCGGAGCUGUCUCCGCAGCCUCGGCCUCUUCCAGGGCGAAUGGGUGUGGGUGACCCGGGCUGGAGAGUCAUCGAACACUUCCCAGCCACAUUUGGCCACAGUCCAAGUCCUAGAGCCUCGCUGGGACCUCUCUGAAAGACUGGGACCCGGCUCUGGGCAGCCGGGAGAGCCUCUCGCUGACGGACUGGCCCUCGUGCCUGCCACUCUGGCUUUUAAUCUCGGCUGUGAUCCCCUGGACGUGGGAGAGCUCAAAAUCCAGAGGUAUUUGGAGGGCUCCAGCAGCCCUGAAGACAAGGGAAGCUGCUCAGUGCUGCCUGGGCCUCCGUUUGCCAAAGAGUUACACAUCGAAAUUGUGUCGUCUCCUCACUACAGCACUAAUGGAAACUAUGACCAUGUCCUUUACCGGCACUUUCAGACACCCAGGGCAGUCCAGGACGGGGAUGUCCUGUGUGUGCCAACAGUUGGGCAAGUAGAGAUCCUGGAAGGAAGCCCAGAGAAACUGCCCAGGUGGCAAGAGAUGUUUUUUAAAGUGAAGAAAACAGUUGGGGAGGCUCCAGACGGGCAAGACAGAGCCUACUUAGCCGACACCACCCAUACCUCCUUGUACUUGGUGGGUUCUACCCUGAGCCUCGUUCCAAGGCUUCCUUCAGGGGACUCGACUCCCUGGAGCAGCUUGUCUCCUCCAGGCCUGGAGGCCUUGGUGACCGAGCUCUGUGCUGCCCUGAAGCCUCGCCUCCAGCCAGGGGGUGCCCUGCUGACAGGGACUGGCAGUGUCCUUCUGCGGGGCCCCCCAGGCAGUGGGAAGACCACUGCAGUCGCCGCCGCCUGCAGCCGCCUUGGGCUCCACUUAUUGAAGGUGCCCUGCUCCAGCCUCUGUGCAGACAGUAGCGGUGCUGUGGAGACAAAACUGCAGGCCAUUUUCUCCCGGGCCCGGUGUUGCCGGCCAGUGGUUCUUUUGCUGACAGCCGUGGACCUGCUGGGCCGGGACCGUGAUGGACUAGGCGAGGACGCCCGGGUGGUGGCCACGCUGCGUCACCUCCUGCUGGAUGAAGACCCGCUCGCCAGCUGCCCUCCCCUGCUGGUCGUGGCCACCACCAGCCGGGCCCAGGACCUGCCCACAGACGUGCAGACGGCUUUUCCCCAUGAGCUGGAGGUGCCCGUGCUAGCAGAGGCACAGCGGCUCAGCAUCCUCCAGGCCCUCACUGCCCACCUCCCCCUGGGCCAAGAGGUGAACCUGGCACAGCUGGCGCGGCGGUGUGCGGGCUUUGUGGUGGGGGAUCUCUAUGCCCUUUUGACCCACAGCAGCCGGGCAGCCUGCAGCAGGAUCAAGAACUCAGGCUGGGCCGGCGGUUUGAGUGAGGAGGAUGAGGGGGAGCUGUGUGCGGCGGGCUUCCCUCUCCUGGCCGAGGACUUCGGGCAGGCACUGGAGCAGCUGCAGGCCUCUCACUCCCAGGCCGUCGGAGCCCCCAGGAUCCCCUCGGUGUCCUGGCACGACGUGGGUGGGCUACAGGACGUGAAGAAGGAGAUUCUGGAGACGAUUCAGCUUCCUCUGGAGCACCCUGAGCUGCUCAGCCUGGGCCUAAGGCGCUCUGGCCUUCUGCUCCACGGGCCCCCUGGCACGGGCAAGACCCUCCUCGCCAAGGCGGUGGCCACGGAGUGCAGUCUCACCUUUCUCAGCGUGAAAGGGCCCGAGCUCAUCAACAUGUACGUGGGCCAAAGCGAGGAGAAUGUACGGGAAGUGUUUGCCCGGGCCAGGGCCGCAGCUCCCUGCAUCAUCUUCUUUGAUGAACUGGACUCCUUGGCCCCAAAUCGGGGGCGAAGUGGAGACUCUGGAGGUGUGAUGGACAGGGUGGUGUCUCAGCUCCUGGCCGAGCUGGACGGGCUUCACAGCACCCAGGAUGUGUUCGUGCUCGGAGCCACCAACAGACCAGACCUGCUGGACCCCGCUCUCCUGCGGCCUGGCAGGUUUGACAAGCUGGUGUUUGUGGGGGUGAAUGAGGACCGUGCCUCCCAGCUCCGUGUUCUGAGCGCCAUCACACGCAAGUUCAGGCUGGAGCCCUCUGUGAGCCUGGUGGAUGUCCUCGACCACUGCCCGCCCCAGCUGACGGGCGCCGACCUCUACUCUUUAUGCUCCGACGCCAUGACAGCUGCCCUCAAACGCCGAGUUCGGGACCUGGAGGAAGGCCUGGAGCCCGGAAGCUCAGCCCUGCUGCUCACCAUGGAGGACCUGCUGCAAGCCGCGGCCCGGCUGCAGCCCUCGGUCAGCGAGCACGAGCUGCUCCGGUACAAGCGUAUCCAACGCAAGUUUGCCGCCUGCUAG